AUGGGAAAAAUAAAGAAGUUGGAGUCUGAUAAAAAGGUUGAAUUACUUAUGAUACAAGAGACGAAGAUGGGGAGUGUGUUUCAUCAAUCAUUUGAGUGUGUGGUUGUAAACUUAUAUGCUCCAAAUGAUGAUAUAAGAAUGAAACAACUAUGGGAUCUGAUUAUUAAUAUAAAGCCAUUGUUUAAUACACCUUGGUGCAUAGGAGGUGAUUUUAAUGGAAUUCUAAGGAUCAGUGAAAGAAGAGGCUGCACAAGGAGUGACAGAGGGAUGAAUAAUUUUAAUGAAUUUAUUGAUCGGAUGGAAUUUUUAGAUAUGCCAAUGCUAGGUAGAAACUUUACCUGGUGUAAUUCUUUUGAAGGUGAUACAUGGAGCAGGAUUGAUAGGUUUCUAGUAAAUCCUAUAUGGCUUGAAAAAUUUGAAUUGAAGCUGUGGGGCCUGCCUAGAAGUAUAUUUGAUCAUUGUCUAUUAUUGUUAAUGGAAGAUGACAGAAAUUGGGGUCCUCGACCUUUUAGAUUUUUGAAUGCUUGGACACUCCAUCCCAAGUUCUUAGAGCUGGUUAGGAGGACUAGGUCAGAGAAUGAAAUUGAAGGAUGGACAGGGUAUCGAUUUAUGAGAAAGUUAUAUGCAUUGAAAGGAGAUUUAAAGAUAUGGAGCACAAAGAUUUUUGGUAAUGUAGAGAAUCAAUUGAGGAUGGCAGAGGAAGAGUUACAUGAGCUGGAUUUAAAAGCAGAAGCUGGUCCUUUGUUAAAGUCAGAAACACAAAAAAGAAGAGUGGUAAGAGAUUUAGUGUGGAAGUUAAGCAAGAGAAAACAAUAG